UCACUUCCUAAGGUGAAAGAAAUCAUAUAGUACCUCAACUUUACGAAGAGACUUCAUUGGAAGGAGGAAACCAUGGCUUCGGACAGCAUGUUUGAGUCAUUUCCUUCAUACUCACAGUGCUUCAUGAGAGAAUAUGUACAUGGAAUGAAUCCUCCUAGAGACUUUCACGAUACAAGCACCAGCCGCCGCUUCACGCCACCCUCCACCACGCUGAGUCCGGGGAAGAUGAGUGAAACACUGCCGCUGGCUGUCCAGGAGAACAGCGCCUCCCUGGUGGGAAAACUCAGAAGUACAGACCGCAGCAUGGUGGAGGUUUUAGCGGAUCACGCGGGAGAGUUGGUCCGUACAGACAGCCCUAACUUCCUCUGCUCCGUGUUACCCACGCACUGGAGAUGCAACAAAACAUUGCCGAUUGCUUUCAAGGUGGUUGCCUUGGGAGAUGUUCCUGAUGGGACUUUGGUCACUGUGAUGGCUGGAAAUGAUGAAAAUUAUUCUGCCGAACUGAGAAAUGCUACAGCGGCAAUGAAGAACCAAGUUGCAAGAUUCAACGACCUCAGAUUUGUGGGGAGAAGUGGAAGAGGAAAAAGUUUCACAUUGACCAUCACUGUCUUCACAAAUCCACCACAAGUAGCUACCUACCACAGAGCCAUCAAAAUUACUGUAGAUGGACCUCGGGAGCCUAGAAGACAUCGUCAGAAAAUAGAUGAACAGACAAAGCCGGGGAGCUUGUCCUUCUCAGAAAGACUGAGUGAACUGGAACAACUACGCCGUACUGCAAUGAGAAUCAGUCCACACCACCCAGCCCCCACAUCUAACCCACGAGCUUCCUUGAACCACACAACGGCUUUUAACCCUCAGCCUCAGAGUCAGAUUCAGGAUACAAAGCAAAUCCAGCCUUCCCCCCCUUGGUCCUAUGACCAGUCUUACCAAUACUUGGGAUCUAUUGCCUCUCCUUCUGUACACCCAGCAACACCUAUUUCCCCUGGGCGAGCCAGUGGUAUGUCAUCUCUUUCUGCAGAGCUUUCCAGCCGACUUUCAACUGCUUCUGACCUGACAGCAUUCAGUGAUCCACGGCAAUUCCCAACUCUUCCAUCCAUUUCUGAUGCUCGUAUGCAUUACCCAGGAGCUUUUACCUAUACCCCAACUCCAGUCACUUCAGGAAUAGGAAUUGGUAUGUCUGCCAUGACCACUGCCACGAGAUACCACACUUACUUACCCCCUCCAUAUCCUGGUUCUUCUCAGGCUCAAGGCAGCCCCUUUCAGACAAGUUCACCAUCUUACCAUCUCUACUAUGGAACGUCGGCAGGGUCCUAUCAGUUCUCAAUGAUGUCUGGUGGAGACCGCUCACCUCCACGUAUCCUGCCUCCUUGCACUAAUGCUUCCACAGGAUCUACCCUCCUCAAUCCCAAUCUUCCCAACCAAAGUGAUGUGGUUGAAGCUGAAGGCAGUCACAGCAACUCCCCAACCAAUAUGGGUACCACAGCAAGGCUGGAAGAAGCAGUAUGGCGACCAUAUUGAAUUUUGCCUAGAGAUGGGCCAGAACUGAAUUUGCUUUGAUCUACUUUUUCCCAAAGUUAUUCCAAUUGCCCUAUGGAACCUGAAGGCUGUUUCACUCCUUUCAGAAGGAACUCCCUCUGGUGACUAGGCCAUUUUGGUCACUGUGUCAUUAUUUCAUUUAGGCAAUUUGCAAAGAAGAACGAUAUUUUCCUUGAAAUGGUCUCUUUUUCAUGAGAUAAAGCCUUCUGGAACCAAAAGGACCCCAAAUGGUUAUACUCAUUGGUCUUGAAGUAGUUCAUUACUCUGAUCUAGUUCCAGACCAAUGGCCUCUUAAGCAUCCAUUGACUCAGAGAUCCUACAGUUCUCAAAUGCUGUUUGAUCCAUCUCUGAUUUUUACACCCAACACAACCAGAGUGUGUCUACUUCACCAUGUGGACCCAUUAAUAGUUGUAAGGAAGUAUAGGUAGAUUCCCAGAGGGAAACUGUGAAUGCUUCUGAUUUAGCAAUGCUGUGAAUAAAAGAAAGGUUUUAUAUCCUUGACUUAGAUUUUUAGCUAAGUUGUAUAUUCCAAAGUUUGGAAUUUUGGUUUUGGGGAAUGCAACUCAUCCUAUUUUGCAUCUAAUUCAUUUUUAUUUCUUUUUUAGGCACCUUAUAAAUUGCAAAAUGCAUAUUUGCAUUUGGGUGGUUUUUUUAAUAUAUAAAACUGUGCUUGCUUUUUUCUUGCUUUGACAGUUGAAAGAAUCAAUUCCCUUUUCAUUGAGGUUUUAUUUAACUUUUCCUUUGAACUUGGGUGUAGCUGUUUUUAAAGUGACAGCUACAGCCUUGGGUCAUUUUCAACUACUGUACUCCUAUAGUGAGUUUCCAGGUAUUUAUGUAUCUUGAUGUCUAGACAUUUACUUGUGUGUUAAUACUUUUAUUAUUUAAAUGUACUUAUAGUAAGAGGGAAAACAAUCAAGUACUGCAUUUUUUUGGGUAGCAAUCAAAGUUAAAUAUAUCACAUUGAAAAAGACUGAGGGGGAAAAGGAUGGGUAAUAGGAUCACUUCGUAGUUCAGAAAUACUGUUUACAUUUAACUCCCUUUCAUUUAGCUCAACUAUGUUGUAGAUAACAACAGUGUUUUAACUGGUUUUUCAAACACUGAGGGCCUUUUUAAGAAUCAGGAAAACAGAGCUGUAUUCAACAAAACAUCACAUCUGUCUGCCUCUCUUCAAAUCAGGAAGGCUCAAUACAGCCUUUAAUUCUUCAGGGAGGCUUCACUGUCUAUAAGAGAGUACCAGUGGGCCCACGGGUCUGGUUCUAACACCUCACAGCUUACUUAUGUUACCCAGGUUUCUGAUUUUUUUUCAGACACUCAAAAUAGAAUAUGUCAUAGUGGAGCUGAGUUCUGAGUGGUAACCGAAUUGGGAGUUUGUGGGUCUCAACUGAUUUUUUCAGCUGGUUAGAUCUAAAAUGAGAAGAACACACAAAGUAUUCUAGCCUAUAGAAAAUGUCUUUAAACUUAUAACUUGUGCGCUGACAUAAAGUUUCUGAUCACCUCAAAAAAUUGGUAGUGGAAAGGAAUAGCUGUUGUCUCCAUGAGUUUUUUGGUGGAUGACUCCAGAAGCUGACAUCUAAAUUGACAUCCGACUGCACAGCAUCCAUGUGCAUCAAUCACUGUCCACGCACAUCAACAUUGUUGUUGCAAUGCAGCAACAACAUGCAUAGAUGGAGCCCAGUUUUGUGCUCCUGCUGCAGUAUUUCUUCUCUAAUUCUCCCCUUGAACUCCCAUCCUUACAGGGCCCCUGAAUUCUAUGGGAAAACCUUAUACAACUACACAGCAUAUUAGAAAUUCCUGGUACUUCAGCCCAUCCUUAAGAUUCAAACAGAUUAGACAUCACUCUACAUUUUAUGGCACUGUUUUUGUUUGAGAAUUUAAUUGGAAUGCAGUUGUGUGACUUUGUAUAAAUACAAACUGCUGAUAUUGACAUAUAUUUGUUCAAAAAUAUCUGAUUGUUAUUUAAUGUACCUCUUAAAUUAGAAGAAACAAUUGCAGGUCAACUCUGAAGAGUAUUUGAAAACUCGACUUUGCAUCAAUGUUUGAUGCUAAAAAAUUUUUUAAGGAUUCAAAUUAGAAAGAUCCUUGGCUGCAGGCAGCAAAAUAGCUGGACUUAUUUAAAAACAACUUGUUUUUGAGUUUUAAAAAGAUUUUUUUUUGCUUAUUUGUUAUACAUGAAUGCAGUAGCACUUUGGUAUAAAAAGUUACAAAUUAAACAAUUUAUGUUGUCAGUCAAACCAUUUUCAUCUAAUGAAAGAGCUAUAUCAUGAGUCAGAAAAACAUAGAAUAUUGUUGAUUUUUGAAUUUUAGGUCUAAAACUCUUUUUAGUUCAGUUUCAUGUUUGAUUACAUACUAUAUUUGCUAGCAGCAAAAAUGGCCCACAAUGAUAAAAAAAAAUUUUAAAUUUUUAUUUCAAGAGAAACUUCAGUUUAUAUUCCCAGAUUAAACAACAUUAUUUUCAUAAGAUUUUGGCCACGUUGUCCCUCAUGGCCUUAGAUAGCAUCUCACAGAAAGCUGAAAAUUUUCAGUCCUUCCCAGUAAGAAUCUUAUAUCUCUAGGAAAUCCAUCUUGAAUUCAACCAAGUACCCAGUAUAAAGAUAAAAGUAAAUAUUUCCUUCAGUUAAGCCUUCAUUAAAAAAAAAAAAAAAAGCAGGAACUUUCUAUCUAUCUAAUAGAAUCCCUAGUUAUUAAUCUUUUGAAUUGGUCAUUGAGAAUGUCACUCCUAAUAUACAGAAACAAACAAUAUUUAGGGUUUUUUUAAGUCAACUAAAUCUUUGUUGUUUAUUACAAAGUAGUUUCACUCAGACUUCAAAACUGUUUUCCUUAAGGAGCUCCCUUAAAGACCUACAGAGAUUAGAAAAAUGAAAACAAAAAACAAAGUGUACUAUUUCAAGCAUAUCAGUUGAAUUUCCCUACAAUGGCCAAUAAUUGAAUUUCAUGAUGUCAAAGGAUUAUAGAUUCAGAGCUGGAAAGGACCUUUAAAAACCAUCUAAUACAAUACAUUCAUUUUUUUCUGGUGAGAAAAUGAAGCCAGUAAGAUUAAGUGACUUACCCAAAGUGUAGAAAACAUUUGGUGAAUUAAAAAAGAAAAUUUGGAUAAAUUA